AAUUAGCUGUUCACCAAUGCAAGAACACCUCUUCUCUGUCUGGAUCACAAGCAGGAAAGGAGACUCAGCGCAGAGAUGCUCAGAAAAUCUUUCCUCACCGUCCUUGUUCUUCUGGCUUGUUGUGUGGCUCUCAUGCAAGGGAUGCCCUCCUUCAGGCGGGAGCGCUGUUUGUGCACUAGUUGGGAAGAAUCUGUGAGGAAGAACCUUAUGGCUACAGCUCAGUACUACAAGCCACACAGCCGCUGCAGUCAAGAAGAACUGAUAGUGACCCUCAGAAACAAACAAAAACUCUGUCUGAACCCAAACGGGAAGCAAGGCAGGACAAUUAAAGAGGGUAUUAUAAAGAAAAAUAAUGCCAAAUAAUGAAAUUCAAAUUGAGUUUUGGAGAAGCUGCUCCACAAAUGCUUCUCUUCCUGCAGACAUGUAAUCAGCUUCAGAAGGACUCAUAAGCUAGUUGGAGCCACCAUCCAACAGUAUUAUCCUUAUCAAGCUGCUGAGGUUUAGAAGUUAACUCCAAGUAUUACCUGUAGGAAUUUACUAACACAAGUACAAAAGCCAUAUAAAGAAGCAAAAUGUCUGUGAUUUUCUCUCGAUGUUAACAUCUUUGACCAUGGACGAUCUUCGUUCUUCCAUUCAAACAAGCUAUGACAAUGUAAUAUUGGCAUCCUUCAUUCCUGAAUAUUUUAUGCUUGUUAUAACAUUACAAAUAGUCCUCAACUUAUGAUCACAACUGAGCACAAAAUUUCUGUGGCAAAGCAAGGCCCUUAAAAGUGAGUUUUGCUCCAUUUUACAACCUUUCUUGCCACAGUUCCUAUGUGAAUCACUGCAGCUGUUAAGUUAGUAACUCAGUCGUUAAGUGAAUCUGGCUUCCCCAUUGACUUUGCUUGUCAGAAGUUCACAAAAGGUGAUCCUAUCACCCUGGGACAUAUGCAAUUGUCAUAUAUACAUGUCAGUUGCCAAGCUGACAAAUUUUGAUCACAUGACCAUGGGGAUGCUACAACGGUUGUAAGUGUGAAAAGCAGUGACGGGUCACUGUUUUCCGUGCCAUUGUAACUUCAAACAGUCACUAAAUGAAUGGCUGUAAAUCGAGGACUACAUGUAUUUUAUCCUGGUUAUAUUAUUAUAAACUUCCGUUCCUAAGCAUGAACUGUGUGUGUUGUAAUGUUGCAGUCCAAGCUUCACCAUUUUCAGUAACAUUGCAAUUUUGUGUGCAAGUACAUAAGUCACAGAAUGGAGUUCAUACCCCAUAACACACCAUACUGUCCAUUGAUUACUCUGUGGUCACCUAUGUAUACAGUCUACUAUAAUUAAAAAUAUUUCUUCAAUA